GGAUAGUCACGUGCUCUUUAUUCAUCUCUACCAUGUACCAAUGAGACAAUCAUCUUGACUGCCUUUCUCCAAGCUUCUUGACACUGUACAAGCCAUCAUACAGCUCUAAGAGUACAUGCACUUCAUACCAAAAGCGUAUGCUUUAUAUUUAAACAGCUGAAAUGGACUACACACACCUUAAGGAGAUUCUACAAGUUAACAACGAGACUAGGGAGUACCCAGAUGAAGCAGACACGAUACUCGAAGACACAGCAAAAUCAGGAAUUGUUCGAUUUUCAUGGAAACUGCUGAAGCCAUUGCUAAGAGAAAGACUACAGAGAGUGCUGGAUUGUGGGUUUGAGGGCCAAGAGUGUAAGGACGAUGAGAGACUGUGUGACCACCUGCUCGACAAACUGGACACAUUCGAGAACCCACCGUUCACCAUCCAACGAGUGUGUGAGCUAAUUACAGAGCCCAGACGCCACUACAGGAGGAUUGGUGCUUACAUGAGAGCCAUGGAGAGGAAUCUACUGGUUGUGGCCACCCAAGAACCUGACCUGACAUGGAUGAAAAGUCCCAGACUGACACAACUGUUGGAAGAGCCUAUGAAAACAACUGAUGCAGAAAACAAUGCUUCCUCACCGACAACCAAAGACUCUCACCACAAUGGCGAUACACUCUCACAUAAUUCUGAUUACUCUUCUGAUGGCCCAAACAAUACAAGACACCCUGUUAGCAUAACAACAGAUGUAGCCCCUGCCAGUAUGAAUAGUGAACAUGAAAUCAACGGGCACUUAUCAAUGGAUUUCGAGCCUGCUCGGGUGUGUAGAAAGAGAAAGAGUUGCGACAGAGACGAAUUCGAAGGCACACCACCUCCCCCUCUAAUUGAAGAACCGAGAACAAUUUUACAAGAAGCCGACUCCACGACAACCGUUGGAGCCGACCAGGAGGGAGUGGCAAUGGACAUAGACUCUGUACCACAAACUGGUAUCAUGUCUGAGAGUAUGGAAACGGAAGAGAUUGCCGCAAAGAGACUCAGACCCUCCUCACCGGAAGCCAUCGUCCCCUCUAAUAUCGGGCAAGUGGGAGCUGAAGAAUUGGUGUCGUCUGCACUAGAUGAAAGUGGACAAGUGCAUAAUAAGAGCACAGGACAGUCGGAAUCACUCUUGAAUGUAGGGAACCAUGGUAACUGAAUGUGUAGUAAGCAAUCAUAGAGUCUAUAUAAUUAUUAUGUCGCUAUAGUUGUUUGUUUGUGUAGUUUUAUCAUGACUAGCAAUCUCUCUUCUCACCUACUUAUUGUUUAUGGCUCCUUGCUAAUGUUUAUAAUUAUGCUUUGUAACUGCAUCUCUUACGACAUUAUUUCCCUCAAGUGAUAAAAUUGCACAUUUCUGUAUUUCAA